AUGCAUCAGCAUGAGCAGGACUUGUGCGACUACGGCGACGACACCCUGGUUGGCAAGAUGGUGGAUGAAGCCGAACUCGAGAGCGUAAAUGAAUGCCUGAAGGGCAUGGAGGACUGCCCCGGGGAGCAGAGGUUUGAACCGGAUUUUGUCAUGGGUUCGGAUUCCAAUGUGGAGGACAGUGGGUGUGACUCCGAAGAUGAGGAAGUCAUGGAUGUUUCUCCCACUCAGGCUUCGACGACGGAGCUGGACGUCACCGGUACACCUUUGGAGUGCCUCAUGUGCACUGCGUUGAACGCAGAGCUCGAGUGCUUCCGCGCCCUUGAUCUCAAUAGCGGCGACACAUACUUUGACUUCAGGCAGCGCUACGAAAAGCACCUUUUGAAGCAUGGUCUUCCGGUCGCCUGGCUGGAAGAACUUGCGUGCUACGAGACUGCGGUGCGAAAGGAAGAGGACGCAGCUGUAGCAGAGGACUUGCCGUCUUCCGCGUAUAGCGACGAAGAGCUGGGCUUGUUCGACCUCUUCAUUGGGGAGGUAGAAUUUGAGAUGCCGGACGCGACCUAG